AAAGGGGGGAGGCUCUUGCCCUUUUGAGGUCAAAUCUGGGUACCACUUCUCUCUCUCUCUCUCUUUCUGUCUCUUUCUCUCACUAUGACCGAAUCACUCUGCUGUUUGGCGUUCGACGCCUUGUACUUGAAGCUUGUGGGGGACCAGGCUGACUCGGAGAUCCUGCUUUCUUACUUUGACCACUGGCUAGGGAUCAAGGAGAAGCUUCCCAAACUGGCCCCCUUGUUUGUUACGUACAAUAUAAAUGAUCAACUUCGCGGGUGUAUUGGAACUUUUCUGCCUCUUGAAAUUGAAUCAGGGGUUAAGGAAUUCUCACUCAAUGCCGCGUUGAACGACCCACGGUUCCCACCCAUUGGGCAUGCAGAUCUCAACGAGAAGUUGGACGUCCAUGUGACGUUGCUUGACGAGUUUGAGCAUAUCAGGCAGUGGGACAAUUGGACUGUUGGUGAGCAUGGGUUGAAAGUUAGUAUGACUGUACCUUCGCGGCGCCACCGGCUCUCGGGAACGUUUCUCCCCUCCGUUGCCGAGGAACAAGAGUGGGACAAGGUGACCACUUUGUGGUAUCUCCUCAAAAAGGCCGGAUAUGAAACCGUUCUGAAACAACAAACGGUGGACUUCUACACCCGCGGGAUCGGUGAAGGAUGGUUGCAAUUGGUGCGGUACCGCGGAAAGAAGGCCAGCUACAACUUUGAGCCGUACAUGGAGUUUAGAGAAGACUAUGAAGAGUAAAUUUGUUUGCAUAUACAUAUAUAUAUAAU